GAACAUGCUUAAACUGUUUACUUGUGUACAUGCAAAUAAUUUUGUGUAGUGUUUCUCUGUCGACUCUUAACAAAUUGAAUUCUUUUCUUAUUCAGAGUUAUUGAUUGUUGUCAUUUAUAAAACUGAUUAAAAAUGUACCCUUGGCAUAAAGAUGACACCUUUAGUGAAGUAUUGAAAAUUAUUGAUCCAAGUAACCCUGUUAAACCACCAAUUGAAGCCUACGAAUGGGCCCGGGAUCGUUUAAUUUUAUGGCAAGUUAAAACUACAACAAGUAAUCACUGUUUACCAGAAAUCGAAGCAACUCUAGCUCUCCUCAAUGCCUUAAUCAAAGAUCGGUAUUGCCUGGAUGGGAACAAUAUUGAAAAAGAUCAAAGAUUGACCAAUAAUUGUUAUGAUAUAUGCACCUUCUAUGGUAUGUCCAUCGUUAAAUUUUGUAAUCUGUUACCUUUUUAUGAAAUGACCAAAAAAGGAAAAGUUUAUCGCGUGAACAAUAAAUCUAAAAAGACUGUCCGUGAUUUAGGUCUUUCACUUGGAUUGCCUUCAUGGGUGUUAGAGUGUCGCCAUAAAACUUGUCAUGCUUCCACCAACUCUUUGAUUCUUCUUCGCCAAGCUAAUUUUUUUGCCCUUUCCUGGAUAUUUAAACACUUUUGGUACAAAAUGCUCGAAGAGGAAGAAGAAAGUAGAAACACUGAAAAUUUAAGCAAACUUGCACAACAAGUGGAAAAAUGGUUAGCAGUUGCAGCUUCUUCUAAAAAAGCUAUCUUAAGAGAGAAAAUCACACAAACUGUGCUUGACCACCCUGACCAAGCAUUCUCAAUAAUUAUUGAUAUUUUAAUUAGAGAAUCUGGUUAUAAACUUUCUGAUUUCGAUAUGGAUUGCAUGGAGCUUCCAGUUAAGAUCGUUAAGCCUUAUGCGAAAAUAAUUCGUUUAGUUAAUAAUUUUGAAUCUUUAGAGCUUUUUCUACACCAUUUAACUAAGUAUUUCACUGAAGCUGAUGCGAGAAAAUCUAGAGUCUCUGUUCUUUGGUUCAAAACGAUUACUAAAUGCCUCAGUAAACAAGCUGACGAUUCCAUCAAACAAAUGCUAUCACUACCUGAAUUAAAGCCAGAAACUGAAAUAAUUGUAUGGCAAAGAUUGCUUUACAAAGCAACAAAAAGACUGACACAAUUUACACCCGAACUCGUUGAUCACCUUUCUAGUCUUAUACCAGAAGAUUCCAUUCCAUCGGAAAGCAUUGCUCUUCUAAAAGAGCUCGCCCUUUCAUCUAUUUAUGUUAAAAAUAAACCAAAAAAACACGAAUCCAAAAUGAAUCCAGCUUGUGAUGAGAAAAGUUUAUAUUCUGUAAAGACACUCGCUGACUUAACAGCUGAGCUGUCACAAUCUGGCGAAAAUAUGGAUACAUCAUCAUGAACAAUGAAAGAUAAUCAAAUAAGAUUAUGAUACAAUAUUGGAAAUAACAAGUUGAAUCAAAAAUAGAUUUAUCAUUUUCCGCAACACAACUAAAACUGUACUCAAAGUGAUUUUAUAGUUUUCAAAUUCAAUUGUUAAACUUUAAUACGAGGCACUGUCUGACCAUCUGAACUGUAACAGGUAACAUUUGAUCAAUAUAUUUGUAAUAAAAUUUAAAUUAAUAUCACA